UGGCAUAAUUGUCACAUGCCUCCAUCUCAACAGGGGGCAGUAUACCCUGGAAAAGGAAAGCAAAACUUCCGGUUCCAAUUUUUUCGGAAAUUCUCUGAUACAAACAAACCACACACAUGAAGUUCAGUAUCUGAACAAUAUUCAGACUAGGGGAAAUUGGUUAAGAAAUGUCAGAUCAUGGCGCUUUUCGAACAGCGUUAGCCGCCGUUAUACAAGUAUUUGUUGAGGCAGCUGUUACUGAAAUAAGUAGGUAUGUCGAUGGAAUCGUUACUCUGACAUGCAAAGAGAUGCCUUGCAGAGAGGCCAAAAAAGAUGCAGGUCAUUUAUCUGAAGCGGAGACGGACAAUGAGAAAUACACAAUGUUCCUGUCCGCAAUUUUGGGGAGGCUAUCCAGAGAUGCCAUGGAUAAAAUCGUCACUCUAAUGCAGGAGGUGUCUGCCACGCUACAGUUAGAAAUCAAGGACUAUCAGAUCAAAUAUGAAGCCCUGCAUUCAAAGAUUCUGUCACUGGAGAGCAAACCUGGAGAUGCAACAGGCUGCCGUGAAGAACUAGAUGGAAACAGACCUACUUUCAAAUCCUGCCUCUCUGUUGGGAUCCAAGCUGGAGAUACUGUUAAUGGACUUUCAUUGGUUACAUGCCAGAGAGUAUCUAGUGAGGAAGGCCAGGUGGGUGUUUUAGACACAUUUUCAGGUAACGUGAAAACCACAGAGCUGCCAGAUGAAAACAACACCAAGCAUCGGAUCGAUGAGUCUAGGACCAACACUGCAGAAGUUGUUCCUGAUUCCCUUGAAAGUACUGCAAAUGAGCUGGACGGCCCUCCGUCUCUGAACUGCAGGAGCCAGCGUUCACGAGGCCGCGGAAGGGUCCGGAAGUCAUACUCCGUUCAACCGGCACAGGGUUUCAGCUGCAGUCACUGCGGGAAGGCGUUUAGCAAGCAGAGCAAUCUGAAAGCCCACCAGGUGGUCCACACGGGCGAGAAGCCCUUCAAGUGCAAACAGUGUGGGAAGGGCUUCACCGCCCGGUGCAGUCUCAACGUCCAUCAGCUCACUGUGCACAAGGGGGAGCGGCGAUUCAAGUGCGCCUACUGUGGGAAGAUCUUUGGCACGCAGUCUCACCUCAAAGAACACCAGGUGGUUUUCGAGGGGGAGAGCACUUCGAGCUGCACCGUGUGCGGGGUCAGUUUCCCAGCCAAAUGCAGCCUGAAGCUCCACUGGAAGACUGAUCACAGAGGAGAGAGACGCUUCGGGUGCAGACUGUGUGGGAUGGUCUUCCCCAAGGUGAAGGAGUUGCGCACCCACCAGGUCGUUCACACGGGGAAGAGGCCGCACAGCUGCGUUACAUGCGCCAAGAGCUUCACCGCGCGCCGCAGCUUGAACGUCCACAUGCUUACCGUUCACAAAGGAGAAAAGCCAUUUAGAUGCGACGUUUGUGGGAAUUGUUUUAGCCAAAAGAGUGGGCUCAAAUCCCACCAGAGGGUACACACGGGCGAGAAGCCGUACACCUGCGAGAAGUGUGGCAGGAGUUUCAGCAUGAAAAGCGCCUUCAACACACACCAAAGGGUUCACACGGCGGAGAAAGCCUUCAGCUGCGAGAUCUGCGGCAAGUGUUUCAGCAUCGGCCCCAACCUGGUCCGCCACCAGCUGAUCCACACGGGCGUGAAGGCCUACAGCUGCGACGUGUGCCAGAGGGGCUUCACGCAGUCCAGCCACCUGCAGGUGCACCGCCGCAUCCACACGGGCGAGAAGGGCUUCAUCUGCGACACGUGCGGCAAGAGCUACAACCAGCUGCACUCGCUCAAGGUCCACCAGCGCAUCCACAGCGGCGAGAAGCCCUACGCGUGCCCCACCUGUGCCAAGAGCUUCCGCUCGGCCAACUACCUCAAGCGGCACCAGCUGACCCACGCCGCCGAGCGGCCGUACGCCUGCGAGGAGUGCGGCAAGCAGUUCCACGCCAGCGGCACGCUCAAGGCCCACUGGCAGGUGCACCGGGGCGCCAAACCGUUCGUGUGCGAGGUCUGCGGCCAGAGCUACAGCUCGCUGAGCUACUUCACCGCGCACCGGCUGGUGCACAGCGAGGGCAAGCCGUUCAGCUGCGGCCUGUGCGCCAAGACCUUCACCAAGCAGAGCAGCCUGGACCUGCACCAGCGCGUGCACACCGGCGAGAAGCCGCACAGCUGCGACGUCUGCGGCAAGAGCUUCAGCGUGGCGCAGAACCUCAACCGGCACAUGAGGGUGCACACCGGGGAGAAGCCGUUCUCUUGUGCCCAGUGCGGGAAGAGCUUCAGCCAGGCCAACAACCUGAAGGUCCACCUGCAGGUCCACACGGGCGAGAGACGCUUCGGCUGUGACCGGUGCGGAAAGAGCUUCUCCUCACAAAGGAGCCUGUCGCACCACAAGUGUGUUGGUGACGUAAAGGAGGAUUUUGUUUACCUGCAGUAGGAUUUUGGAACGAUUACGUUGAAAUCGCCGUUUUCUUGUUUUUUCGGUGGUGCGGCUGAUGUUUGCGUAUUACACACUCUUGACUGGCGAUAAUGGGGUAUUAUAGACAUGAGAUUGUAAACAACAGCCAUUUUUUUUAUCACAAAGUAUUUUUGUUUGUAUUUAAAGAUGAUAAGACAAUCAAGUACAUGUUAAGACUCCAUAUUGGAUGAAUAAUUAAAAAAAGUAAAAUGUAAGACUACUCUUAUGGUUCAGGUUCUUCGACUGUUUGCAAAGAAAUCUAUGCGAAUGUAUUUUCCGAAUAGACUAUUAAACACACACACACACACAGAACACACACACACACACACACACACACA